AUGCCGCAAUCUGAUUUCCACGAGCACGAGCAUCGCCGCUCAAUCGAGACUUUGCAAAUACUAGAUGGAAAUGCCACCACCAGCGGCACAAGUCUCCCGCCAACGGACCGCGGCCGCGAUGCGUACUUGGCUCUCAUCUGCUGCACCCAGCAUUUAGGCUAUUCCGUGGCGUUUGGCAUCUUCCAAGAGUACUACACCAGCGACGAGAGCCCCAUCAAGGCGCCGCCUGGCUCAUUCGCCACCGUCGGGGCCCUGCAGAUGGGCGUCAUGUAUCUCAUGAUGCCGCUUGCGUUCAUGGUGCUGAGCUGGUUCCCGCGGCUGCGUCCCUGGUGCGGUCCUCUCGGACUGGCCAUUACUGUCGCGAGCAUCUGCGCGUCGGCAUACGUGACGACCGUCGGCGGCCUCAUUGCCACCCAGGGCGCGCUGUACUCGAUGGGAUGCGGGCUGCUGUUCAGCCCCAUCUCCAAGUACAUGGAUGAGUGGUUCUCGGCCAAAAAGGGGCUCGCCUACGGCAUAAUGUGGGCGGGCAAGUCCAUUGUCGGCAUGGUGAUGCCGUUUGUCUUUAGCGGGCUGCUCAAUCGGUUCGGUCUCCGGGCCACGCUGCUGUCGUGGGCUGCCGCGUCGGCCAUCAUGACGCUGCCGACGCUCCUCUUCCUCAAGCCCCGCGUGCCGCUGCACCUGCAAGCCCAGAACCGCCGCGUGUCGCUCGGCUUCCUCCGUCAAACGUCCUUUUGGAUGAUGCAGGUCGGCAUCAUCAUCCAGGCGCUUGGCUAUAUCAUGCCCAGCACGUACAUGGCCAGCUAUGCGACCGACGUCGGCUACUCGUCCAUCACCAAGCCGAUCCUCAUUGCCAUGUUCUCGCUGUCUAGUACCUUUGGCGCGCUCUUUCUUGGCAUGCUAAGCGACCGCCUCAAUGCGACCAAGGUGGUUCUCAUCUCUGCCAUUGGCAGCGCUGCGCCCGUGUUUCUGCUCUGGGGCCUUAGUCGGCACCUGGCCAACGUCAUCAUGUUUGCGCUCGUGUACGGAUUCUUUGCCGGCGGCUUCAGCUCGACCUGGACAAGCAUGAUGCGUGAGAUUCAGCGGGACGAUCUGGCAGCUGAUCCGUCGUUGCUGUUUGGGCUGCUCAUGGGUGGGCGCGGCGUUGGCUUUGUUGCGGGAGGACCACUCAGUGGUGCUCUCAUUGCUGUGCCAGGGCUUUUGACAGACGAGGCUAUUGGAUAUGCCACGAGAUAUGGUCCGAUGAUUCUAUGCACGGGGCUUACUGCGAUUUUGUCGGCAUGGGCACCGUUCUGGAACAUGUCCAAGACCUUCAAAUCGAGCAUUAGGGCGGCUUCUAGAGUCAGGACAGCAUGA